AUGGAGGCACGCCGGACCGGCUCACGGCGGCGAAUCCGCAACGAAGAUGGAGGUGCCUAUACAAUAAAGAGCCUGCGCAAGCAGGUGUCACAGCGUCAACAUGAAGAAUUGCUUGUUACUAACAAAAAGCAGGCAAAAGAGCAAGAAUCCUGGUUGAAGGAGCUACGGCAGAAGGCACAGCCCCCUGUUGAUGCAAGCGGCCCGAAGUUGCGAGGCAGGGCCGCGGCCAAAGCAAAGGCAGAAAAGGAAGCUCGUGAUACAGCCAAGUGGGAAGAGAUCAAGAAGUCAUUUAUAAAUGAUUGGGAAAUUGAGAAUCAACAACGGAUUGCAAAGAAGUGGAAUGAAGUUGAUGAUGAAGAGAAGAAGCUGAUGAUUUCAACGGUACCCAAAUCAUUCCUUGACGGCAUCCCUGACCUUGACAAAUGGCAAGAAGAUCACCCCUUUACCUUCAUUGAAGAUGAUGAGGAUGUCAAUCCAUCGCCAAAUGCCGAAGAUUUCAUCUCGGUAGCUUCAUCGCUUGAGCUCCCGCAACUUCCUCGAUCUGUUACUUCGGAUAGUGAUGAUGUUAGUAUCAUUGUAUCCUCCCAGGCGAGAGCUUCUCAAAAAGCCCCAGCAAACUAUACAAUGGCUCCCUUUGGCGUGGAAAUCAACAGGGAGGAAAUCGAAGAGAUACCUAGAGAGAAUUGGGGGGGUUGGGGCUACGAUCGGAGGCCAAAUAAUUACUCAUCGCGAGAGGGAAGUGGUGUUGAGAGUGAUUCCGGGCCAGUAGCCGGCCCUGCACCGAAGUCGCCGUGA